CCUGGAGACCUCAGGGCCAGGCGCGUCAGUCGGAGCGCAAUUGUUGAUCAGAUCACAUCCAGCGGACUUUGCGCGAGAAAAAGAGAGGAAGCCGAGAUUUAAGAGCGGCUUGUUAUGACUGCAUACCAUUGUAUGUCUGUAGUAGCUGUGACUUUGGCUUGAACACUUUCCCUUCACUCCUCCGGGUUCUUUUUUUCCUUUUUUCCUCUCGCACACUUUUUUUUUUUAUUUUAUUUUUUUUUUUAACGCACAGUUUUGUCGGACGAUACAGCCGUGCGACUAUCCGGCGGUGGAGAUGUCUUUCCCCCAGCUAGGCUACCCGCAGUACUUAAGUGCCUCCCAGGCGGUGUACGGGAGCGAGAGACCGGGAGUGCUUACGCCUUCGUCCCGGGGAGGGAGCACCGAAAUCGGGGGAAGUCCGUCCGCCACCGCAGCGGCGGUCACCUCGGUGUUGGGCAUGUACGCCAACCCGUACGCACACAACUACAGUGCUUUCUUACCUUACACCAGCGCGGACUUGGCUCUUUUCUCACAAAUGGGAUCCCAGUAUGAGCUGAAGGACAGCCCUGGCGUCCAUCCUGCCAGCUUCGCAGCCCACACGUCCCCGGCCUUCUACCCGUACAGCCAGUUCCAGUACGGGGACCCGGCCAGGCCCAAGAACGCCACCCGGGAGAGCACCAGCACCCUGAAGGCCUGGCUCAACGAGCACAGGAAGAACCCGUACCCGACCAAGGGGGAGAAGAUCAUGCUGGCCAUCAUCACCAAGAUGACGCUGACGCAGGUCUCCACGUGGUUCGCCAACGCCAGAAGGAGGCUCAAGAAGGAGAACAAGGUGACCUGGGGAAGCAGGAGCAAAGAGGACGGGGAGGACGGGAACUUGUUCGGCAGCGGGGACGAGGCGGAGAAAAACGAAGACGAGGAGGAGAUUGAUUUGGAGAGCAUAGAUAUCGACAAAAUCGACGACAACGACGGGGAUCAGAGCAACGAGGACGAUGACGACAAAUCCACGGAGGGGAGCAGGGAGCACAGGGGCGGCGUGGGCGCUGGGGGGGAGCUGGACAGCUUGGAGAAAAGACGGGCUUUCGCCCUGCAGGCCCACGAGGCCUUUGACAAAUCUAAGAGCACAAUUACAGCUCACCCAGGGAGUAAGGAGAACGCGGACGGCAACAACAACACCACCAGAGUUUUGUCCCCGGAUAGACCCGGGAGCUUUCCUCUCCCGUCUAACAAUAAGCCGAAAAUAUGGUCUUUAGCAGAGACAGCCACUAGUCCAGAUAGUUCAUCUCAGAAAGCCACGUCCCCGUGUGGCCCAGCGGCCACCACUCACACAUCAGCGCCGCACCACCAGAUCCAGACCCACCCGGCCUUCCUGCCCAGUCACGGACUGUACACCUGCCAGAUUGGGAAGUUCCACAACUGGACAAAUGGGGCUUUCCUGGGCCAGAACUCCCUGCUAAAUGUGAGGUCGUUUCUGGGAGUAAACCAGCACCAUCACCACCACCACCACAACCAGCAGCAGCAGCAGCACUUGGCGGCCCAGCAGCAGCCGACUUCAGUGGUGGUGUCGCCGGGAGCAGCUGCAGCAGCACUCAGCAACGACAGCAAGGCCCCGGCGGAGACACACAGUCCCAAGCACAUAGAGCACGAAAACGGUGUACGGUCUGAUUCACCUCCAACGCAGAUCCUGAAGUCUUCCUUUCGACCCAUCCAUGACAGAUCCUCUCUGCCUUCUAGUGCCAGGAAUCCACAAGACGCCACGCAACGGGUCCUCACCGCUCUCUCCUCGGCUUGAUCAAGACUGUAUUUUUUUUUUUUUUUCGUGCUUGAAAAAAAAAAAAA